GGGGAGGAGGGGCGGUGACGCAGGCGGCCCGGGCUCCGUGUCACUGAGGAGACGGUACAGAGGAGAGCGGAGAUAGCAGCGGGCAACAUGAACCGGACUCACCGGGCGCCGGGCACCAGCAGCAUGUCCCUGAGCACGGUGGAGGUGAAGAGCAAGUUCGGCGCAGAAUUUCGGCGAUUUGCUCUCAAACGAACCAAGCCGGGGAAGUUUGAGGAGUUCUAUGGAUUACUCCAGCAUGUGCAUAAGAUCCCCAACGUGGAUGUUCUGAUUGGUUACGCCGAUAUUCACGGGGACUUGCUGCCCAUCAACAACGACGACAACUACAAUAAAGCGAUAACGACCGCCAACCCGCUACUGCGGAUAUUCCUGCAGAGAAAAGAGGAGGCGGACUACAGCGCCUAUGGCACAGAUACUUUAACCAAAAAGAAGACCGUCCUUCAGACGGUGCUGCGGCCUGACGUCGUCAAAAAGAAGCCGCACCUGGUCAUUGGCAUGCCGAGUGACUUCAGGCCGGUUUCGUCUAUCAUCGAUGUCGACAUCCUUCCCGAAACCCACCGCAGGGUGCGCCUCUACAAACACGGCAUGGACAAGCCCCUCGGGUUCUACAUUCGGGAUGGUUCCAGCGUUCGGGUGACGCCACAUGGCCUGGAGAAAGUGCCUGGUAUUUUUAUCUCUAGACUGGUUCCCGGGGGCCUGGCCCAGAGCACUGGAUUGCUUGCUGUUAAUGAUGAGGUCUUGGAGGUCAAUGGCAUCGAAGUGUCUGGGAAGACCCUGGACCAAGUGACCGACAUGAUGAUCGCCAACAGUCACAACCUCAUCAUAACAGUCAGGCCGGCCAACCAGCGAAACAACGUGGUACGGAACAGCCGUAACUCCGGCAGCUCUGGACAGUCCACCGACAGCAGCACGAGCAUGUACAGCAACGCGCAGCCGCAGCAAUUCAUCCAGAACUACCACCCUGAAGAAGUGGAUAGCGACGAGGAGGACAUUAUCAUCGAGGAAUCCGGCGAGCCGCAGCAGAUCCCUAAGGCCGCCCCGUCCUCAGAGAGCCUGGAUUCCCUCACGCAUCAUGAUUCCUAUCACGAAUCGCCGCAAAACGGAUUUAUACCACCUUACACCAUGCACUUAUCUGCCAGCAGAGGCAGCCUGGACCUCAUUUCCAAUAACCACGAGACUCAGAUCUUAGAGGAAGAUGGAACCGUAAUCACACUGUGAACGGCGGUCGUCAAACCGCCACUUGCACAUAUAUUUUUUUUCGUUACCUUACGAUCUGUGUGACAUUCUACAUGCAAAAUCUUUUUUUUUUUUUAAA